CAACGAGUUCAAGCAGGUUCAAGCAAGUUAGGUUAAGUGCGCUGUGUGGUUGUGUAAGUUCGUGACCGACAGUGACUUUAGUGACCAAAUUUCGGACACAAAAUCAUAACCAAACCGGCAUAUGUUAUCGAAGAUUCGCUGAGAAGCAAAAAUAGCAAAAAUGGUGGUAAUGAUUAGCGCGAAGGAAAUUCGCCAGAUCUACAUAGAUUAUUUUAAAAAGCAAAAGGGGCAUAUUUACGUGCAUUCGAGUUCGACUAUCCCACAUGAUGAUCCAACUUUAUUGUUUGCCAAUGCUGGCAUGAACCAGUUCAAACCAAUUUUCCUUGGAACUGUUGAUCCUAACAGCGACAUGUCAAAAUGGGUGCGAGUAGUAAACACUCAGAAAUGUAUACGUGCUGGUGGCAAGCACAAUGAUUUGGACGAUGUUGGAAAAGACGUCUACCAUCACACUUUCUUCGAGAUGUUGGGAAAUUGGUCCUUUGGAGAUUAUUUCAAGAAAGAGAUUUGUACAUGGGCCUGGGAAUUUUUAACUGACGUUUUAAAAUUGCCUGCUCAACAACUCUAUGUUACUUACUUUGGAGGAGAUGAAAAAAGUGGAUUGCCACCUGAUGAUGAAUGCAAACAAAUUUGGCUCUCGCUUGGAGUACCUCGCACUCACGUAAUUCCUGGUUCUAUGAAAGACAAUUUUUGGGAAAUGGGUGAAACUGGACCAUGCGGUCCAUGCAGCGAAUUACAUUUUGAUAGAAUCGGAGGCAGAGAAGUCCCAGAACUUGUGAAUAUGGACGAUCCUGAUGUUCUCGAGAUUUGGAAUCUCGUUUUUAUUCAAUACAACAGAGAAUCGAGUGGUGAACUUCGUCCUCUACCGAAAAAACACAUCGAUUGUGGAUUAGGUUUGGAACGUUUGGUCUCCGUAAUUCAAAAUAAGCGUUCGAAUUACGACACCGAUCUCUUUGUGCCUAUUUUUGAAGCGAUUCAAAAAGGCACUGGGGCUCCGGCUUAUCAAGGAAGAGUUGGAAAUGACGACAAAGAUGGGAUCGAUAUGGCUUAUAGAGUUUUAGCUGAUCAUGCUCGUACUUUGACGAUCGCACUUGCUGAUGGAGGAGUUCCAGAUAAUACUGGCAGAGGGUACGUUCUCAGAAGAAUUUUAAGACGUGGUGUCCGAUACGCGACUGAAAAACUCAAUGCGAAGCCUGGAUUUUUCGCUUCUUUAGUGAAUGUCGUCGUAAGCAUUCUCGGUGAUGUUUUUCCUGAAGUAAAGAAAGAUCCGGACUCGAUCAUCUCCAUUAUUAAUGAAGAAGAGACUCAAUUUUUGAAGACAUUGACUAGAGGUCGUAAUUUGUUAAAUCGAACCAUUGGAAAAUUGGAAUCGUGUAAAGUUGUCCCUGGAGAAGUUGCAUGGCGCUUGUAUGAUACUUAUGGGUUUCCUGUUGAUUUAACUCAGUUGAUGGCCGAAGAAAAAGGUCUUGAAGUAGAUAUGCAAGGUUACGAAGAGGCGAAAAAGUUGGCACAGAUUGCUUCUCAGGGAAAAACUGGGGAAAUCGAUGACAGAGUAAAUUUAGAUAUCCACGCAAUCACAGAAUUACAAGAAAAGGGAAUCAAACCCACCAAUGAUUCUCCAAAAUACAAGUACAUUGUCAAUUCUCCCGAUAAGAAAGCAGAAUAUGUCUUCUCUUCGUGCACAAGUACGGUAAUUGCUUUGAGGCGGGGUAAGCAAUUUGUGAAAGAAGUUUCCUCGGGAGAGGAAGUAGGAAUUUUGCUGGAUCAAACAAGCUUCUAUGCGGAACAGGGUGGACAAAUUUACGAUGAAGGUUUCUUGGUCAAAGUUGGAGAUGAAGACACGGAAGUUCGCGUUAAAAACGUACAAGUAAGGGGUGGAUAUGUCUUGCAUAUUGGAACAGUUGGCGAAGGAGUAUUGAAAGAAGGCGAUAAAGUUUAUUCCAACAUUGACACUGCACGAAGAAGAUUAAUAAUGAGCAAUCACACCGCAACUCAUGUUUUGAAUCACGCUCUUCGAAACGUUUUGGGCACCGAGGCAGAUCAGAAAGGAUCUCUCGUAGCUCCUGAUAGGCUCCGUUUUGAUUUCACAAAUAAAGGUGGAAUGACUACGCAGCAGUUGAAGAAAACUGAAAGUAUUACGAACGAAAUAAUCGAUGAAAAUAAGAAGAUAUUUGCCAAGGAAAGUAAACUCUCGCUGGCGAAAACUGUUCAAGGUGUUCGGGCAAUGUUUGAGGAAACAUAUCCGGAUCCGGUUAGAAUUGUUAGUGUUGGAAUACCGGUUGAGGAUUUGGAAAAGGAUCCUUUGAAUCCCGCUGGAACGAAAACUAGUGUCGAAUUUUGCGGAGGAACCGCUGAGAGCGAAUAUUUUACUCUUAUCAGGAUCCACACUCAAGAACAAAGCACUGCAGCUUGCGAGAUGCCAGUACCAGUUUUAUUCACAAAUCGUGAAAGUGUUCGAGGGUACCGUGCGCAAAUAGCAGCCAAAUACAGCGGGAAAUUUCUCCAAGUGAGAAACUAUGAAGGCGAGGAGAAAAAGUUGCAAAUUUCUUUGAUUGACGGGAAUAAAAAAAUGUACGAUAGUAAUGCAAUCUCCUUUUACUUGGCGAAACCCGAACUGAAAGGAGCCGAAAUUUUCGCGCAAAGUGAAAUUUUACAGUGGAUGAGUCUGGCUGAUAAUCAAAUUUUGCCAUCUUCAAGCAGUUGGAUUUUACCGUCUUUGAAUUUGGUGCAAAUCCCGAAGGAGGGUGUUAAAGUCGCGAAGGAGGAAAUUUUUAAUCUUGUGGCAGCACUGGACAAAACUCUCCUCUCGAAAACCUUCCUCGUCGGCGAACGAGUUACGCUCGCUGAUAUUUCAAUUUUCACUGCACUGAUGCCGUUAUUUGAACACGUUUUUGAUGCCAAAUUGAGGCAGAAGUAUCAAAAUCUCAACAGGUGGUUCAAUACAAUGUUAGAACAGCCGGAAGUCAGAGAAGUCAUUGGAAAUUUCAUUUUCUGUGAAAAACCAAAAUUUUGAUGAUUUUUACCCCGGUAAUUAGUAUCUGCGUUAGAAAAUGAUGGAAUAAUUUUCUUGUCAAAUUGAUUAUUUCUUUUUUGCAAUCUUUCAUAUUUUUAUUAAAAUAAAUCCUAAUUACAAAGC